AUGGCUGGCCUAGCACAUAACCAAACGUCUCACCUAGCACAUAACCAAACGCCUCACCUAGCACUUAACCAAGAGGCUUACCUAGCACCUAACCAAACUGCUUACCUAGCACCUAACCAAGAGGCUUACCUAGCACCUAACCAAACGGCUGACCUAGUACAUAACCAAGUGGCUUACCUAGUACACUACCAAGAGGCUAACCUAUGGAUUGAGGCUGCGGACGCCGCCGUUCAGGCGGCUAAGGUGAAGGCGGAAAACGUACAUGGGAGGUUGGAUCAUAGUGAUAAUAAUGGUCAUCCAAAGACUCCGAUUGGUCAGGGGGUUAAGCAGAUUAGGGACGCCAAGGAUAAAGUUAAGAAUGUUGAUGAACAGCUUCAGGGGAUUCACACCGAUUUAGCGGUUGGCAAAGCAAGAGAUGUGCGUGACAAGUUGGAUCCUGAGAAUAAAGCUGAUGACCAUCCUAUUGGUCACAACAUCGAGAAGAUUCACACAUCCAACGAAGCGAUUAAAAAAGCAAAUGAGGACCUUAAAAGCCAUGUCGACAGUCUGAGUACAUGGAUCUCCACCGCCGAGGACAUCCGUGCCAAGGCCCAGCAAAAAGCAGAAGAUGCUUACAAGAAAUUGGACGUUAACGCUGAAUUGAGCAACAAUGUCAAGAAGAUUGUGACAGCAAAUGAGCAAAUUAAGAAUGUUAAUAAAAGUCUGAUUACUGUCCAUGGCAAUUUGGAAAAGUGGAAAUGA